AUGGCUGUCUCUGCCCUGGCCGCGCCGCAUACACGUAUAGCAAAGUCCGACGGCGCUAUGAUUCCUUCUGAAAGACUGGCUCGGAAUUUCAAUCGUGCUAUUGCUUCCGAGGGAGUGCUACCCAUGAAGCUCGAUGAACAAACAGAUAACGCCUUCGUUGAUAAGGACAAGGAGGAUGACUCGAAUAAUCAGGAUGAUAAGUCGCAUUCAGUAGAUACUGAAGAUGGACAUGUCAAUGUCCAAGGCUCUGUACCUGGAUCUGGUGCCAAUACCAAUGUUUCUGAGGGUCCAAAAGGCAGUAACGAUCCGUACCGAUUGAAUGGGCCUAAUGCUCCGAACGAACCAAACCUACAUGAUCCGAAUAUAAACGGUGCAAAUAUCCCUACUCCUGUUCAUAAUCCCGACAAUACCCCAACUCAAAACAUACAUGUCCCGAAUGGAAAUAAUCCAAAUACGCCUGGUAUUCCAAAUGGAAAUAAUCCUAAUGCCUAUGGAGUUCCAAAUACAUGUGGACCAAAUGUGCCUGGAAUCCCUAAUGACAAUACUCAACCCCCGGCGCCUAACACAAGCAACGACAACGAUUGUAUCCCCCAGGAAAGGAAAACGGAAUACUAA